AUGGUGCGGCGUUUGUCCACCACUUCGACCUUCACGACUCAACGGGUAGAGAGUAACGACGGAGGUAAAAAUGACAGAACUAAAUCUACCAACUCUGCUACGGACGUUGUCAUACCGUCUACUCUGUUGAACGCAAUCACGUCUGGUCCAUACAUAUCGCACCCAAACCAGUUCCAGAGUGAGGAUCCUCGAGAUACAACCAACAGCUUCGAUGUGCGCCAAGUUGCGCAGCAACUGCACGAAGAAACGUCCCGUAUCCUAGACCGCUCUGCCAGUAUCUCUAUCGCUGAACUAGCACGCAACACAACGUCCAAGACUGAACAUGAGUUCCGCAAGACCAGCCUUGAACCGAACUUUGGUUCGACCUUGAAGAAUCAGGGGUUGAGCCCACACCACAGAGACCCAGGCCGCCAUGCCUUGUCCACUGUGACGGAAGGAAAAGUCACGGCGACUCAAAACCGAGCGACCACCGACGACUACUUUGGUAACUACAGCAUUGGAGCACAAGGACCUCGACUCCAUCGACGCACUUCAUCAGACAGAAGCGUUUCAAGGAAGGCCCGCCUGAACGAACCGAGUCCAACCAGUCCAAGUCCACUGCGAUUACAGAGCAGGAACCAUUCACAAAGUAGAGACGAAAUCGACAUCCGGAUUAGCACACAGAGGUCUCGACGAUCUACGGCAGGUGCCUCUCGGAAAGAGAGUAUCGUACAGCGCUCUGCUUCUGUUGUGCUCGAGACCGUCGAGAAUGUGAAACAGGCCAUACGAAGGAGAAGCAUCUACGACGUCUACGAGAAGGCGAAAAAGCGUGGUGUCGAGUUGCAAAGGAGCAAGUGGGCCAUGCGACUCUUCGAGUACACCUUUUAUCUCAUACUUGUCGCCUUUGUCUACUUCGUUCUGGUGGGUGUGCCCCUCUGGAAAGGCGCCGUCUACUGGCUGUAUUGGGUGUUUGAUCACAAGUUUGCUGUCGCUGGCACUUGUGCCAAGAUUGUUGGCCCUACCUUAGAGGCAGCCUUGAAGAUCUUCCCACCAUCGCACAUCUUCGUCAUCGCCAAUGGAAACAGUCCAACACCUCUUGACGAUACCGAGGUCGUAUGCCGUCCAUACGGAGUCAACCACGUCUGGUCGCCAGUCGGCUCGAAGAUUGUAGCCCAGUUUGUUGGAUGCUAUGCCGCUCGAGGAUUCAAAAAUGUCCUUCUUAUUGAUGACGACUGUGCUCUUCCUCCAAACUUCCCCAUCGUUAGUGACAGGAUGACACCAAUGAUCAAGUGUAUAGGAUACACAAUCAAAUCUGUGGGACCAGAGUCAUCUCGAGGCACCUUAUGUCAACAAGCUCAAGAUUUGGAGUACAAGAUCAGUGGCAUUCAACGAGCAUUGGCCGGAUACGUUGGUAGUGCGACCUUUCCUCACGGAGCGAUCUCUCUCUGGGAUCGUGAGUUUCUGAUCCAAACGUUCUACAAACACCCUGGCUUUAGCGUCUCCGAGGACUGGUUCUUUGGUCAUGUGGCUAGGCAGCUUGGUUCCCGGAUCACAAUGUGCACCUCUGUGUUCAUCGAGACGGAAACACCAAAUGCCGUCUUCUUCAGCUCUGGAGGUGCCCGAGGAGGCUUUGGCGAGAUGACCAUUUUCAAGCAACGAUUUCACCGCUGGAACUUCUUCUUUGUCAAUGGCAUGUACUACAACAUGGCUUAUAUCCUGGGUUCCUGGAAACUCGGCUUCUGGGAGAUAGGGGCCAAGCUGUUUGUGUUCCAAGAAGUGUAUGAAACACUGUUGUAUCUCUUGUCGCCAUUCGUCCUCCCCAUUUCAAUCAUAGUACGUCCGGCCUUUUUCGGAUAUCUGUUCGCAGGCACGUUUGUGCUGUAUUUUCUCAACGCCAUCAUUUUCAAUGAGCUUCAUCUGAGAUUGAAGAAGGAGAGAGUGGGAUCUAUCUGUGUCUACCUUUACUACAUGCCUUACAAAGUCGUACUUACCUUUGUCAACGUAGGCAGCUGCUACUGGUCGCUAUAUAAGUACGCACAGUACUUCGCUCGACGCCAUCCAAAGAUUGUCGAGGACGAGAAAGCAGUUGAUGUGGUUCUGAGAAUGGAAGAACAGCACGACACUCUAGCCAACGAGGGUCGACGCAUGACAAUUACAGCAGUCGGUGCUCAAACUCAAGGAUCAGUAGUCGAACGAACACCAUCGGGACCCACCGAACGAAAGAUGACAGUCACCACGCUGGGUCCAAAACUCGAUAUUCCCGAUAUCCACGAUGUGCAGCCUAUGUCGCCAGUGGUCGAGCAACCCGAACAAUUUGCUCCAGCGAUCAGACUCCAAGGCGAACGUGUCAGUUUCAGCUCUAGAAGAAGCAACAGCCCGGGCGUACAAAUCGAACGAUUGCCUAGCCAUAACUCUGAAGGCAUAUCACCUGGCCAAAACCUUGCAUCACCAUUAUCCCGUACCACUACAACAGAAAAGUUGGACUCAAGGUCUGUUGAUCAUCGAAGUCGACGUUCGGCUAGUACUCGCUCAGACCCUACUCGCCGCUCUAGUAGUUUGCCUCGCUCGCAUAUCUCUGCCGAGUUUGAGUCUCCUGGCUUUGAAGAGUUGAUGGAUAGACUGGCUAUUAUUGAGUCGAGGAUCAAUCCUCGGAAUGUGUCUGCUGUGGAGGUAUCUAUAGCUGAAGAAGUUGUGCCCACUGCUGUGACAGCACUAGCUUUUCUUGAUUAUACCAAUCAGGUUGAGAUCAGUGCAGGAGAUGAAGAAGAAGAAGAGGAAGAGUAUGAGAUGUAUGAUUUGGAGAAAUUGGAUUCGGGCAAGACUGAUGAGUCGAAGAGUUUGGUAUAA